UCCUGUAUUAGUUGCACGUUCAUCCUUAGAUUGGAUGCCCAGUAGAGUCAAUUCUUUAUAUUCUGACGUCGGUGCUUGGAGUGGAAAAUUCCGACCUGUGAUGGAUGAAAUAGAAUCUGACGAGGCUCUAAGGUUUUACCAGUUUUUGAAUUAUUUGGAUGGAGGCAGUUUUGGUACUGGUCCAAUAGAUGAAUUCGUUGACGCUAUGUAUAGACUUGCAAAUUACAUGAAGCAACAAAAUAGUAGAGAGACACAGGCAAGAGGAAUGCGAGAACAAGAAGCAAUUAACGGGGCGAAAGGGAAUAGCAUUAAAACAGUUUUGGAAGUAAGCACACUAAUUAUGCGAAAGAAACGUAAGUUCUUCUGUACUGGAGAGGUCAAAGAACCAAUUGUUAACAAUAAAAUAAUUUGCAAGGACCGUAUAUUGCUACCUAUUGCUGGAACUUCUUGCAGAGAUGCCAUAAUGUACUGGCAUCCAGAUUUGACGGAGGAACAUUAUUGUGUCGGAGCCUUGGAAUCCAAGACUCCUGUUCACAUUAUGGAUGUUGAAGGUGAAAUAUAUUGCAAAGGUGACGACUAUUCAAAAAGGGAAUACCUUCUUGCAUGUGACUUUUAUGAGGACCAAGAAGCACCCGUUGCCGAUUUAUUGCAAUACUACCCUGACCCUGAUCCCGAAAUCACACCCAAAUUAUUUUAAAUAACACGAGGAAAGUUUAAACAUCAUGCAUGCACGGAUGUUUAAAAUACAUACUUUAAUAUACUUUACAAAA